AAAAAUGGCGUUCGCCGUGCCGCAAGCAUGGCUCAGUGUUUCUCGCGUACUGCGUUUUCCCCGAUCUUCGUACGGUUUAAAUUCAACGAACUCUGCCUUCCGACACAUCUGCUCCGUCCACCUCCUCAGGAACGGCAAUGUAAACACUUCUAUAUUUCGUGAUUCUCUCGCCGUUAGGUGCUACAGCUCGCCUUCGCAGCGGAAAGGUUUCUUCGGGCAGGUAUUCGAUAACAUAAAGCAAGAAAUGGUGCAAAACAAGGAGAUGAAAGAAAGUUUGAAGAAGUUUCGCGAGGAAGCCGCGAAACUCGAGCAGUCGGAGGCGUUACGGAAAGCCCGGAUGAAAUACGAGAACAUCGAAGCGGAGACGGCGAAAGGCUCGCAGCAGAUCAUGGAGCAGCUCGAGUCGCUCAAGGAGAAAAUCAAGGAAGGCAUCGAGGAAGCACAGAAAAGCGACAUCGGCAAGAAGAGUCGCGAGUUGACCGAAGAGCUCGCCAAGUCGGCCAAGUCAGCGGCCGAAACGAUAGCCAAGCAAAGCGAUCAGCUCGGCAAGUCGGGUGCGUUUCAAGCAGUGUCUUCGGGCAUAAAGGCCGUGAAAACGGAGAUCGACGAGGCGGCGGCCGCCGGCGCGCGCGUCUACAGGGCGCCGAAGACUCUGCGGAAGCGCUCCGAGCUGGGCUUCGGUCAGGCCGACGCCCGAGUCGUCGUCCCCAACGACGAGGCGACGGGCGUCGAGCUGCACCGCGACUCCCGCUGGUCCCAGAGCUGGCAGAACUUCCGCGACAACAACCCGUACGUGCACAAGUUCUUCGACCUGAAGACGCGCUACGACGAGAGCGACAACCCGCUGGUGCGCGCCUCGCGCUCGCUCACCGACAAGGUGUCCGACAUCUUCGGCGGCCUGUUCCAGAAGACGGAGCUGUCCGAGGUGCUCACCGAGAUCUGCAAGACCGACCCGAACUUCGACAAGAACGAGUUCUUGCGCAUGUGCGAGACUGACAUCAUCCCCAACUUGCUGGAGGCCAUGGUUCGAGGGGACCUCGAAAUUCUGCGGGACUGGUGUCACGACGCGCCCUUUAACGUAAUCAGCACCCCCAUAAAGCAGGCCAUUCAGCUGGGCUAUCACUACGACUCCAAAGUGCUCGAUGUGAUGAACGUGGAUCUAGCCAUGGGAAAGAUUAUGGAGCAGGGACCUGUACUCAUUGUUACGUUUCAGUCGCAGCAGAUCAACGUGGUGCGGAACAGCAAAGGUGAAGUGGUUGAAGGCGACCCAGAGAAAAUCCUGCGCAUACAUCAUGCCUGGGUGCUCUGCCGAGACCAGAAUGAGCUUGAUCCCAAGGCUGCCUGGAAGCUGAUGGACUUGUCAGCUUCCUCGUCAGCUCAGUGGCUUUGAGUAGUCGUUGGACGUAGCACACUUUUUUUUUUUUCAAUUAGGACUGAUUGCAAUCUAAGUAGUAUAGUGUGUGUGUCUGUGUACAGUACUGCUUCUCGAAAUAAUACCACAAUUUUGGUGGCUCAUCAUGCAAGGCAUGCGAGAGCCACAACACAUCACAA